GUUUUGUUUUUAUCUCAGGGAGGAACGGGGGUGUGUCUUUAUCGUAUGUAUGAGUCAGGAAGCACUUUUUAAUACUAAACUUCGCACAACAGAUUUAUGUCUUCAUUAGUGGCAUUUUCUUAAAAUCUAAACGCGUCUCUGGACUCACGACACGGUAGCAUCAUGACAGUGUUUGAAAACUGUACUGUGGUGGUAGAUGUGAAGAAUGUGCCUUAUAAAGACAAGAAGAAGCUGAAAUUAGCUCUUCUGGAUAAUGGAGGAAACAUCUCCUAUGUCAUCAACAGAGAGUGCUCUUUUGUAGUCACCAGCAGUGUGAAUGACCUGAGCAGUAACCGGCAGCGCAGCAUCCAGAAGCUCCAGAUCCCAGUGGUUGGGAUCCAGUAUGUGUGGAGCUGUCUGGAUGAAGGGCAUCUCCUGCCUUUGACAGAGCAUAAUCUGGCCCCACAGCUGGCUUAUCCCACUUCUGAAUUCAUCUCUCAUCCAGUGUCGACACUGAUACUAAAAAAAGAGAAGCUCAAAGGUCAGUCUGAACUCCCAAAGACUGAGAUUGAGACUCUUGGGAAGGAUGGGCCCCAUCUCGGCAGGUUCAGAGUUUACAAAGAAGGCGACCGUGACCUGCCUGAAUUUCCUUCACAUUUUCAAGUGGCCAAGUAUUCAUUUUUUGAGAGGGUCAAACCCAAGACUUUGUCUGUUUUGGAGCUGCAGAGUGCCAGAGGACGAGCAGGCCGGCAGUAUCGUGUGUUGUGUUCAAUCUUGAGUGAAACUGAGAGCGCAGUGGUGCAGGACAAGAUUGUGUACUGUGUGACGUCUGAGGAUGCUGUGGAAGCGUAUCUGCUGUUGAUGAAGGAGAUGGAGACACAAGGAUUCACAAAGACACGCACGCUUCCUCCUGAGGUUGAACGCUUGGCGUCCUACAGCCUGCAGCAGCUUCUGUUGGAGGAGAAGCUGAACUGCAGCACAUUAUCACAGGAAGUUGGCUUCUUUGUGGAGCUGGUUUGGACCGAAGCUCUCGGUUCCCUUAGUAACAUCCUGACAGUCCCCGUCUCCAGUAUCAGCCUUAAUGAUGUGAGCAGGGUGGAGGGAUUGUUACUGCAGGCACAAAAGACUCAGAAAGAGGAUGAAGUCAAGGCCCUGCUAGAGGAGGUCAACACUCUUCUGCCCCUCAAAAUGAUCGACCCUCCUUCCAAACACAAGCUUGUGUCUCAGAAACUAGACCUUUGUCAGCUGAUCAGAGACAUUCUGAAUGUGAGUGAAGCCACUCUGGGAAGCCCCUCGCCCUCAUCUCUGGGAAAGUAUCGAGCUCUGAGGUGCAGCAUUGAGGUUGUUCCACCACAAAACCCUGAGUUUUAUGUUGUCUCUCAACUGCUUCAGGACAGGCCUGUUCAGAUUCAGCAGAUUCUGCGUGUAAGCAGAGGGGUGGAGCUUCAGAUGUUUUGGGAGGAUUUAGGCAACAUUAAGCCCCUCCUUCACUCCACUAGUCCCAGUAGUUUUGUUGGAAUACUGUCACGAGGUCUGCUGCUGCCCAGGGUUGGAGUCGAACAGCAUGGAAUUGAGAGGACGGAUAUCGGGAAUCUUGGAGGAGGAAUCUACUUCAGUAACUCUCUAAAGACCAGUGUGAAAUACUCCAAGCCCAGUGUAACUGACGGCUCUCGGCUGCUAUUGGUGUGUGAAGUGGCGCUGGGUCGCUGCAAAGACCUCCUGAAGAAAGACGCCACUUUGACCUGCGCCCCUGACGGCUACCACAGCGUACAUGGAGUCCGCCGCACCCCCAACAGACUCUCUGAAUUUGAGGAUGAUGAGUUUGUCGUCUAUAACACAGAGCAGAUCAGACUGAAGUAUGUGGUUCAGUACACUCUGGAGGGGGACGAGCUAAAAGAGUUCCAGCCUCAUAUCAACACCUUUGUGGAGGUCACACAGCUCGCUUACACGUCUGACGUCUUGUCCAGUGAUGACAGUGAGGGUUUGGAGUCCACUAAGAACCCUCUGGAGGAGAUGACUGCAGGUUUGUUGGACAGCAGUGGUCAGAAACUUCCUCUUCAGGCUGUCAACGUGAGGUGCAAGCUGAUGGACCUACUGUGUCAGGUCAUCAUUUUUCAGACCUACACAAACAACAGUGCUGUUCCUAUUGAAGCAAAGUACGUCUUUCCACUGGAGGAGACGGCAGCAGUGUGUGGAUUUGAAGCCUUUAUCAAUGGAAAACACGUCAUUGGAAAGGUAAAGGAAAAAGAACAGGCUCGUAAGGAGUACAAGCAAGCCAUAGAGAAAGGCCAUGGAGCCUACCUGAUGGACCAGGAUGCACCGGAUGUAUUUACUAUCAGCGUGGGGAACCUUCCUCCCGGAGCCACAGUUUUGAUCAAGGUGACGUUCAUCACUGAGCUGGUGGUGAGAUCAGGCUCUAUAGUCUUCUCAUUGGCUGGCAGCGUGGCACCAUGGCAACAGAGCGCCGCCCUUAAUCAGACGACUCAGGCAACUGUUGAAAAGAUUGGUGUGACGGAGCUUCAGUCAGAGGGGGAGUUUUCUCUGUCUAUGUCCAUUGAAAUGCCUUACGAGAUCAUCAACUUGAGCUCUUCACACCGCAUCAAAACCAAGAUGACAGACUGUAAGGCAGUGAUCAGCACGUUACCGGGACAGACUCUUGGAUCUGAAGGGUUACAGGUGUCCUUCAGUCUUUCUAAUAUCCACAUGCCCAGGAUGUGGGUCGAGAACCAUCCGGAUAAAGAUAGUCAGGCCUGCAUGCUGGUGUUUUAUCCAGACUUUAAGUCAAGCGGGGUGUCCAGCUCUGGAGGUCCAUCCAGUGUGAGCGAUGUGGUCAUCCUACUGGACUCCUCCAAGUCCAUGCGGGGAGACGCCAUGCUGAACGCCCGCAGGAUUGCCCUUCAAGUCCUCAAAUCUCUGGACCGCUCACUGAAGAUCAACAUCAUCUCUUUCAGCACUGAUUACAAGGAAGCUUUUCCUGCACCAGUGCCUUUAGAUGAAGCAUCUGAACCAGCCAGAAAGUUUAUUAUGUCCUGUAGUGGUGCUGGUGGCGGCACUGAGCUGUGGUGGCCUCUCCAGAGCCUGAGCCUGCUGCCUCCCUGCCGGGGUGUGAGGAACAUCCUGCUGCUCUCUGAUGGACAUGUUCAGAAUCAGCCUCUGACCCUACAGCUGGUCCGAGAAAACUCCUGCCACACGCGUCUCUUCACCUGCGGACUCAGCUUGACAGCUAAUCGUCAUAUGCUCAGAGCUUUGGCUCAAGCAGGUGGAGGAACAUAUGAAUUUUUUGACACCAAGAUGAAACACACUUGGGCAGAGAAGGUGCGCGCUCAGGUUCAGCGUAUGGAGUCUCCAGGCUGCAGAUCAGUGGCAGUGAAGUGGCAGCAGUUUAAUCCCACAGCGCCCCCUCCUGUUCAAGCCCCCUCACAGCUUCACGCCCUCUUCAGUGACUGUCACACUCUCAUAUACGGCUUUGUGCCGCACUGCACUCAGGCCACACUGUUUGGUGAUUUGAGUGGGAAUGAGAUCAAAACAAUGGUUUCCACCACAGAACUACAAAAGACGAAAGGAACUUUCCUUCACAAGUUAACAGCAAGAGCGAUCAUCAGAGAUUAUGAAGAUGGCAUUCUAGGCAACAGUGAGGCAGAACAUGAGGGGAAGAAAGCAGAGCUGAAGUCCUACAUCAUUGAGCUCAGUAAAGAGUUCUCCAUCUUGUCCCAGUUCACAAGCUUUGUCGCCAUUGAAGAGAGGGACCAGAAUGAGCUUGACACUGGAUUGACAGAUAUUCCUAAACUCAUAUCAGAGGAGGAUGUGGAUAUUUUGCCAUAUAUGGGCUGGACUGAAGAGAAGCUCAAAGCUGUGCAUAUUAUUGCUGCUAAAAAAGAUGACAUAUGGAUGGAUUCAUGUGAAUCAUCCAGUAGCCGCUCCAGAUCUCCUGAUCUGCUGGGUCGUGCUUGUUUAGGAGCAGCAUUUGAUGAUGAUGAAGAUUAUUCAGAGUUUGCCUGUGGAGCAAUUUAUGAUAUUAUUCAUUCUGGAGAUGAAGCAUAUGUAUCUCCCCCUUCUUCUCCUUACACCAGUAGCUGGCGUACUUCACGUUUUGAAGGUAGCAUUCUUGGUUCCAGACGCUCAGCAAGAUCCUAUAAUCGUUCUUCUUCUAGUUCUGAUGUAAGUGAUGCGAAGCUUGGCACCUCAAUGGAUGCUCCCAGUCCUGUGGCCCAUUUAAUUCUUGGGUCAGGGAAACGUCUCUCCAAGGCUAAAAGGCUUUCUCCUCCUCCUCCUCCUUCUAGUGGUGCCUCCAUGAGUGACAGGCUUCCCCCUCCACCUCCCCCUGCUGCCUCAGUGCCUCCUCCCCUUCAUAUUUCUGCACCAGACAAUGCAGAAAGAUUCUUUAGCUCCAGUGAAACUUACCGUGCCCUAGCACUCGAUUUUGAGUUGGCAGGUCCCCCUCUGCCUCUUUGUUAUGCAGAAAUGUCAUUCUUGACUCCCAGCCCUACUCCUCCUCAUCCUCCUGUUUUUGGCACAGUGGGCGCAUCUUUUUCAACGAGUGAAACUCCUGCCCUUCGCUGUCUCUCAGAGAUGGAGCGUGACGCCUCAACUGCUCCUGUCUUUGAAGGUACUCCUCAUCCUCCUCCUCGUCUUGCAUCUAAGCGGUGCUCGUCUUCUAGCCCUAUUCUUCCUCGUACUGGUUUAGGCAGGAUGGGCGCAUCUUUUUCAGGCAGAAGCAAGGCUGCUGGCCCUGCUGUCUUUGGUCAUUCCAUGCCUGCGCCACUCUCUCCCUCUGCAUCUGGUGGCUUUGGUGGUUUCCUCCAAAGUACAAAUGAGCCUUUGGGCCUUUUUGGUUCCUCAUCCACUAAACUUUUUGAAGCAUCUCAUCGACAAUGGCCACAACAAGCAGCACAAAAACUAGUACAAGGACAAAACCUACCACAGUCAUUAGACACUGCAGCUUCAGUACGAUAUAAACGACGUGGCAUUCCUAAGAUUGGUUUUCUUAUGUCACAACAUUACACGAAACCUGACGACAUCCUGAAUCUGUCGGCUAAAACAAGCAGACCUGACACAGUGGCCUGGAAUGAGCUGUUUGAGCUUCAACAUGAGGAUGGAUACUGGGAGUGCACUGAGAGGCUGAGCAGCUUCCUCAACCUGGACGUAGACUUUUUUGCCAAUGUCUUUCUUAAGGAGAAAGGCAUCCGUUCCUUUGGUGUGAAGGCUCACGCGGACAUUCUGAGACUGGUGGCGACUCUGCUGGUGCUGCAGCUGAUCCGGGUGAAGAAGCUGGCAGUGGGACAGUUGCUCGAGUCUCUCUUCCGGCUGAAAGAGUCCCAGGAGCCCAGGUACGAACCGAUGCACUGGGAGGCAGUCAAGAGGGCCGUGGACUGGGCCUGUCGGACAGACAGACAGUAUCCGUGUGUGUGCAGCAGGCUGGAGAUCGGCCGGGAUUGGGAAUCAUCUACACGUCAGUUGCUGGGCUGUGAUUCUCCAAACCCAUAUUCCCCUCUCAAAGCUGUUCUGGAGAGACGUGUGGGUGUAUCAGUCAUGUAGAAACUGGACACGCGCUUCCCUAUUCAUUUUUAUAGUUGCUGAUUGCUUAAAAUAUAGAAAAUAUCCAGUGUCAUUUGAAAGCUUUUUUUCAGAACCAGGCAUCAGUUCUUUUUAAUCUAGGGUAAUAGUGAUUUUUGUGGAUGUAUGAAGUAAUUUCUCCUCAAGUUCACACAGAUGUGCUAGCAGAACAACCAUUGAUGUAGUUCAUCACAUUAUCUAUGAUCAUGAUGCACUGCAGUAUGUUGAUUUAUCAUUUAAAAUGUAACAAAAUUUGUGUUGUUGACAAUUUUGCUUGUGUUGUCUUUCUUUAAAAUGAAAAUAAAUAUUUAUAAACAUACAGUAAA